AUGAUCGGGCUGAUUGCGCACAACACAAAUGGUUCAGGCAUAAUCGAAUUUGAUCUACUCGACAGGGAGGGGAAAGUGAUAGAAUCCUAUGCGAUUGACACAGUAUGGUCGCAUGUGAUCGACGGGCAGGACAUUCACAGGGCCAAGGAUAUAUUGAUCAGAAGUGCCCCAGAAGGCUUUAAAAUGAACAUCACUUUGGCCGGAAAUGAGGAAGACAUUGUGAUAACUACCUUGGCCGAGAUUACUCCCUCUUCAUACCCACAAGGGGUUUACCUUUUUGGAGACACCCCUGAGGCUGUAAGCACAAACAAGCCAGCGCCCUUUGAAAGCGAGUGGAUCAAGCUUCAAUUUGAAAUAUUGCCGUUCUUCAUAAGCCACGAAACAGCCUUAUAG